AUAACAAACAACAAUUGAGGACUCUUUUGUCUGAGAAAAUUGAGAGGUGUGUUCAUCUUUCAUCAAUGGCUACCAUGAGACAAGUUCAGUGUUUGAUGCGAAGAAUUUCCAGAGGAAGUAGGAGUUAUGGGGUCGCCACACAACUCAACGCUUCUUCCUCUUCUCAGACAGUGAUUGACAAGGAGUAUAAGCACAGUGCCCACAAUUACCAUCCACUUCCCAUUGUAUUUUCUCAAGCAAAGGGAGCUUGUGUAUGGGAUCCAGAGGGGAACAAGUAUAUUGAUUUUCUAUCUGGUUACUCUGCUGUUAAUCAGGGACAUUGCCAUCCUAAAAUUCUGAAAGCAUUACAAGAGCAGGCAGAAAGCCUGACUGUGAGUUCCCGAGCCUUCUACAAUGAUCGCUUUCCGCUGUUUGCUGAGUAUGUGACCAACAUGUUUGGUUAUGAUAUGGUGCUUCCUAUGAAUACCGGUGCUGAAGGUGUGGAAACAGCUAUGAAAUUAGCAAGGAAGUGGGGUUAUGAAAAGAAAAGGAUUCCCAAUAAUGAGGCUCUUAUCGUCUCAUGCUGUGGCUGCUUUAAUGGUCGUACACUAGGUGUCAUAUCUAUGAGCUGUGACAAUGAAGCUACCCGGGGUUUUGGUCCUUUAAUGCCAGGCAAUCUUAAAGUUGAUUUUGGUGAUGCAGAGGCCCUCGAAAGAAUUUUUAAAGAACAUGGAGACAAAAUAGCUGGAUUUAUUUUAGAACCUAUUCAAGGUGAAGCUGGGAUCAAAAUCCCUCCAGUUGGCUAUUUGAAAGCUGUAAGAGAUCUUUGCUCCAAAUAUAAUGUGUUGAUGAUUGCUGAUGAAAUCCAAUCUGGAUUAGGAAGAGCAGGGAAGAUGCUGGCUUGUGACUGGGAAGAUGUCCGUCCCGAUGUAGUGAUACUGGCAAAAGCAUUGGGUGGUGGAAUUUUACCAGUUAGUGCAGUUCUUGCAGACAAAGAUGUCAUGCUUUGUAUAAAACCUGGACAGCAUGGAAGUACCUUUGGGGGAAAUCCAUUGGCCAGUGCAGUUGCUAUUGCCUCACUAGAUGUGAUCAAGGAGGAGAGACUUGUAGAGAGAUCUGCCCAAAUGGGAGAGGAGCUUCUUAAUCAGCUGCGUAAGAUUCAGCAGAAAUUCCCGGAUCACGUGAAGGAAGUCCGGGGCAAAGGAUUAUUCAUUGGACUGGAGCUUAACAGCAAAAGGUUAUUCCCUGUAUCAGGCUUUGAGUUAAGUGAAAAACUUAAGGAUAGAGGAGUCCUUGCCAAGCCAACACAUGAUACAAUUAUUCGCUUUACUCCCCCUCUCUGUAUAAGUCGGGAUGAGAUUCUGGAAGCUUCUAAGGCCCUGUCUGAUGUUCUGGAAACUGAUCUGCCAAAGUUGCUGAAGAUGAAGCCAAAGGAUGCUGCUCCUCCAGCUGCCCCUGAAGCAUGUGAUCGCUGUGGUCGAGUCUUGUAUGGUUAGACCACAUAAAGAUAAAUGAAUUGCAUGAACCUUCAAUUGUUAUUAUGGUUAUUUUUCUUUGGAAAAGGAGACAUUAAAAGAACAAUUUUUACUUGUAAUACAUGAACCAGAAUAAAGAUAUUGGUAAGUUGUUACUGGUUACAUUGGUAAGUUGUUACUUUUCACAUUGGUAAGUUGUUUUUGUAGAAAACUGCUUUUCUCUUA